AUGGUGUUGACUCGAAUGACCUUUUGGGGAGGUUUCCUUGGCAGCUGCAUCACGAUCCUCGAUCUGCUGGAUGGCCUUCUUUGCAACGAACUCUGUGCAAUGGCCUUCUCUGACCAGCUCCUCAAGGUGCCUUUUCUAAGCGUUGCAGUUGUUGGUGUAAUGACCGUGCUCCCCGUGGAAUGCGCAGUAUUUACUGGUGUCCCUCAUAGAGGGGUCUCCCUUCAUGGGUGGUGGUCUCCUCACCCACGGCUUGUCCUUCACCUGAGCUAG